AUGGCGGCGCUCAGCGCGGGACGGACGGCGGCGGCGGGCCUCCUGCGUGCCCAAAGCCUCGGGGUGUGGCGAGGGCUGGGCACCUCGUCCACCCUCCUGCAGCAAGCCCAGGCCAAGUCCCACAAGGCCGAGGGGACGUUCCAGGUGACAAUGCUGCCGGGGGACGGCGUGGGCCCGGAGCUCAUGCACGCCGUCAAGGAGGUCUUCAAGGCUGGCAGUGUCCCCGUGAUCUUCGACGAGCACCACCUGAGCGAGGUGCAGAACACGGCGUCCGAGGAGAAGCUGGAUCGGGUCGUGGAUUCCAUGAAGGAAAGCAAGGUGGCCCUCAUUGGGAAGAUCCACACACCCAUGGAGUACAAGGGAGACCUGGCGUCCUAUGACAUGAGGCUCAGGAGGAAGCUGGACCUGUUUGCCAACGUGGUGCACGUGAAGAGUCUCCCUGGGUACCAGACCCGGCACAACAACCUGGACCUGGUGAUCAUCAGGGAGCAGACAGAGGGCGAGUACAGCUCCCUGGAGCACGAGAGUGCCAAGGGGGUGAUUGAGUGCCUGAAGAUCAUCACCAGGGCCAAGUCCCAGCGCAUCGCCAAAUUCGCCUUCGACUACGCCACCAAGAAGGGCCGGGCCAAGGUCACAGCUGUGCACAAGGCCAACAUCAUGAAGCUGGGGGAUGGGCUGUUCCUGCAGUGCUGUAAGGAGGUGGCCGAGCUGUACCCCAAGAUCAAAUUCGACACCAUGAUCAUCGACAACUGCUGCAUGCAGCUGGUGCAGAAUCCCUACCAGUUUGACGUCCUGGUGAUGCCCAACCUCUACGGGAACAUCGUGGAUAAUUUGGCCGCGGGGUUGGUGGGCGGCGCCGGCGUCGUGCCGGGCGAGAGCUACAGCGCCGAGUACGCCGUGUUCGAGCUGGGAGCACGGCACCCGUUCGCCCAGGCCGUGGGCAGGAACAUCGCCAACCCCACGGCCAUGCUGCUCUCGGCCUCCAACAUGCUGCGGCACCUCAACCUGGAAUAUCACUCCAACAUGAUCUCAGAUGCUGUGAAGAAAGUGAUCAAAGGUGGAAAAGUCCGGACUCGGGAUUUGGGCGGUUACUCCACCACCUCUGACUUCGUCAAGUCCGUCAUUGACAACCUGCACCCCCACUAUGGGGCUUAGGACCCCCAGCAGCUCCCCCAGCGCCUCAACCCCUCCCCAAAUCCCAGAUCCCCUCCCAGCCCCCCCAGCAGGGUGGCCCAGUAACCCCAGGAAUCCUUCACCCCAUCCCAUCCCCCGGCAGGGAUUGCUCCGUGGACGCGGCCAGUGCGGAUUUUGGGGUUCACUUGGGGUGGCUUGGUGGGAAUGGGGCACCGCCCCAAACUCGUAGGCAGCUCCUAGGGACAUUGGGACCACCCACCAUGGCUCUGGGACCCCCCUUCCCAUCGGAUUCCCCCUUGCUGGGUAAUCAUUCCUGUGGGACCAAUGGGAUUGGGGAUCCCUGUGGGAACAGGGACUCCGACUGUGGGACCCCAAUCCUAUGAGAUCUUGUGUCUGUGUGCUCCCCAUUCCCAUGGGAUUCCUUUGACUGGGGGGUCCCCAUUCUUUUUGGGAUCCCUGUGACUGUGGGACCAGUGUGGUUUGUAGGAUUCUCAUGGGAGAGCAACAGCGUGACUUCCAUUCCCACGGGAUUCCUGUGACUGUGGGAACCCCACUCCUAUGGGACCAGUGGGAUCCCUGUGACCCCAUUCCCAUGGGACCCACCCCAUCCAGCUUUUAGCAAUAAACGGGGUGACAUCCCCCACCCUCCACCCCUUUGGCAGCUGCUGGCACAGGGUCCCCAUGCAGGGACAAUUCCAGGCAUGAGGUGACCCUGGAACACUCCAGACCUGGCACAGGGCGGGGGAGCUGCACUCUGCCCCCCACCGGUGGCUCAGACCCCACAAUCCCUGUGCCCCGUGGGACAGGCCUGGUGCCACCCCGGGGCUCUGGGGCUGUGCCAUCAUGUCGUGUGCUCUGUACUCCUGCUUUGCUAAUAAAGGGUCCAACGCUUCCCUCCCUGGCCUGGGGGGAACCUCACAACCUUGGGGGGUGCUGGGGCUGCUGAACUGGGGGUGCAGUGCUGCAGCCAGACCCUAAAUGAGGAUUUGGGGUGCUGGUGUGGGGCGGGCAGGCACCAGCCCUAAAGCACAGCAACAAUUUUGGGGGUACAGAAGAGCUGCACCCGAGUGGCACAGCCCAGGCUGGGGCUAGGGACACCCCACUUUUACAGGUUCCCCCCCCUCCAGGGGGACACCCGUUUUUUUCAGGUCCCCUCCUGGUCCCUAACCUCCCGUCUCCUUGCAGGUGCGCACGGCGGACAUGGGGGGCUACUCCACCUCCAUGGAUUUCACCCAGGCCGUCAUUGAUGCCCUGGAGGUGUAGUGGCCCUCACCCCUGCCCCUGGUGACUCCAAUAAAGUGGCCUCAGGCAUGA